AAACACAAAAAAAAAAAAACAUACACGACAUUAUUAUACGACUGCUGUUGCACUCACUUCACCAGAUCUUAUCUCCCUCUUUCUUUUUAUUACCAGCGCUCUUCUCGCACUUUCCUUCGCGUUCUCCUUUCACCCAUACCUCUAUUCUUUCCUUUUUCUUCUCCCUGUUUCUGAGAAAGCCUCCCCCUUACCAUGUCCAUUGGACAACAAACCUCGCUUUAACUUUGCUUCUAACAUUAAUAACCAAGAGGUUUUUAGAAUAGCGGUGGUUACAAUGUAUGCAAGGAGGAUAAGGGGUAGAAGCCAGAGAUGGGGUCUGGUGUUUCAACAGUGGAAACAUUUAAUUAAGCCACAUUGCCAGGAUUAUGCUUGUUGUCGAUCUUUGAUCCACCCAUAUUCUGUGCGGGCUGGUUCUUCGGGUGUUGGUAUGAUUAGAAGAAGUGUUUUAGAUUCAUCUUAUACUCGAGGUGUUGCUCCUGCAUUUAUAAAUGCAGGUUUCUAUGGAAGGUCUGCUCCAUGUUUAAGUAACCAUCAGUUGCGUUUGUAUAGUUCUAAAGGUGAUGGAAGGAAUGCUAGUGAGGAUAACUAUAGACCUGUGAAUGAUGGGGCUAACUUUGAUAAGGGAAAGACUCGGCGGGAAAAGUUUGGGAAUGACGUAAAGCCUUGUGAUGUACAUGCUCAGCUUGGGGAACAGGAUCAAAAGGAAUGGCUUAAUAAUGAAAAACUUUCUAUAGAGAGUAAGAAGAAAGAAUCGCCAUUUUUGACCAGACGUGAGAAGUUUAAAAACGAGUUCUUGCGUAGAGUUGUGCCUUGGCAGAAAAUACAUGUUUCUUGGGAAACAUUUCCUUAUUACAUUCAUGAGAAUACCAAAAAUAUUUUGGUUGAAUGUGUUGCUUCAAAUUUGAAACAUAAGAAGCUCAGUGCUUCUUAUGGUGCUCGAUUGCCAUCUUCGAGUGGGAGAAUACUGCUUCAAAGUGUCCCAGGAACUGAACUUUAUCGCGAGAGAGUGGUUAGGGCGCUGGCACGAGAGUUACAAGUACCACUUUUGGUUCUUGACAGCAGCGUUCUUGCUCCAUAUGAUUUUGGUGAUGAUUGCUCAUCUGAGUCUGAAUCAGAUGAAGAUAAUCUGGAAUCUGUAGUAGAUGGUACUUCAGAGUCAGAUAUUGAGGAUGAGAAUGAUGCCAGUAAUGAGGAAGACUGGACAAGCAGCAAUGAGACAAGAACAGACUGCAGUGAUGAGGAUGAAGUGCAGGCAACUGCUGAAGCAGCCCUCAAGAAACUUGUUCCCUACAACCUGGAAGAGUUUGAGAAGAGAGUCUCUGGAGAAUCUGAGAGUUCCUCAGAAUCCUCAAAAACUGAGGCCGAUGAAUCUGCUAAUAAAUCCAAGCAGCUUCUUAAGAAAGGGGACCGUGUGAAAUAUAUUGGACCUAAUGUGCAGAGUGAAGCUAGCAAAAGGAUCAUAUUGGGGAAGAUACCAACAUCUGAUGGUCCAACUAAUGUUUAUACGAGUAUUCGAGGCAGACCCCUAUGUAGCGGUCAACGUGGUGAGGUAUAUGAGGUGAAUGGAGACAGAGUUGCUGUCAUUUUGGAUAUUAGUACUGAUAACAGAGCAAAAGAAGAGAAGGAUGAGAAAUCCACUGAGGAGUCUGCUAGCCCACCAGUUUAUUGGUUAAAUGUUAAGGAUGUUGAGCAUGAUCAUGAUGCUCAGGCAGAGGACUGCUAUAUUGCCAUGGAAGCUUUAUGUGAGGUUUUGAAUUCCAAGCAACCUCUUAUUGUAUAUUUUCAAGAUUCUUCACAGUGGUUGUCUAGGGCGGUUCCCAAGUCAAAACACAAAGAAUUUGUCAGCAAGGUGCAUGAAAUGUUUGACAAAUUAUCAGGUCCUGUUGUUUUGAUUUGCGGGCAGAACAGAGUUGAAACAGGGUCAAAGGAGAAAGAGAAAUUUACGAUGAUACUGCCAAAUUUUGGUCGCCUUGCAAAACUGCCUCUCCCUUUGAAGCGUCUUACUGAGGGUCUUAAAGCAACGAAGAGAUCUACUGAUGAUGAAAUAUAUAAGCUCUUUACUAAUGUUUUGUGUAUUCAUCCUCCUAAGGAGGAAGAUCUCCUUAGAAUAUUUAAUAAACAACUUGAUGAGGAUCGGAGAAUCGUGAUAUCAAGAAGCAAUCUAAAUGAAUUACAUAAGGUUCUUGAAGAGAAUGAGCUGUCAUGUUUGGACCUAUUACAAACAAAUACUGAUGGUGUGAUACUGACUAAACGGAAAGCUGAAAAGGUUGUUGGUUGGGCUAAAAAUCAUUACUUAUCAUCUUGCACGCUUCCUUCCAUAAAAGGCGAAAGAUUAUGUCUGCCUCGUGAAAGCCUUGAAAUUGCAGUUAUGAGAUUGAAAGAGGAAGAAACAUUAUCUCGGAAACCUGCACAAAACCUGAAGAACCUUGCAAAGGACGAGUAUGAAAGCAACUUUGUUUCAGCUGUGGUAGCACCUGGUGAAAUUGGUGUCAAAUUUGAUGAUAUUGGUGCUCUUGAAGAUGUGAAGAAAGCAUUGAAUGAACUUGUCAUUCUUCCAAUGCGAAGACCUGAACUUUUCUCUCAUGGAAAUCUAUUGCGGCCUUGCAAAGGAAUAUUACUUUUUGGUCCUCCUGGAACCGGGAAAACCCUUCUUGCUAAGGCACUGGCAACAGAAGCGGGAGCCAACUUUAUCAGCAUAACUGGUUCAGCUCUUACAUCGAAGUGGUUUGGAGACGCUGAAAAGCUCACCAAGGCCCUUUUCUCUUUUGCUAGCAAGCUGGCGCCAGUCAUUAUUUUUGUUGACGAGGUUGAUAGUUUGCUGGGUGCUCGUGGUGGUGGUUUUGAGCAUGAGGCAACUAGGAGAAUGAGAAACGAGUUCAUGGCAGCUUGGGAUGGAUUAAGGUCAAAAGAUAGCCAAAGAAUCCUCAUCCUUGGUGCCACAAAUAGGCCCUUUGAUCUUGAUGAUGCUGUUAUUCGUCGCUUACCAAGAAGGAUAUAUGUUGACUUACCAGAUGCUGGAAACCGCAUGAAGAUACUGAAAAUAUUUCUUGCACAAGAGAAUAUAGGCUGUAAUUUUUCAUUUGAAGAACUUGCAAAUGCAACUGAGGGGUAUUCUGGCAGUGAUUUGAAGAACCUCUGUAUAGCUGCAGCGUACAGGCCUGUGCAAGAACUUCUAGAAGAAGAAAACAAGGGUGGCAAAAAUGAUGCAGCUGGUGUACUAAGGCCUCUUAAUUUGGAUGACUUUAUUCAAUCAAAAGCCAAGGUGGGUCCAUCCGUUGCGUAUGAUGCUGCAAGCAUGAAUGAGCUGAGGAAAUGGAACGAGCAGUAUGGAGAAGGUGGUAGCAGAAGGAAGUCACCUUUUGGUUUCUAAUACAAAAAGUUUUGCUCCAAUUUUUUUAAAAUUUUUAUUUUUCAUCCAGUUUGUACGGAUGAGAGAAGCAACGCGUAGCGUGGUGUAACUUGUUAGUUGUUUGAAUGGUCCUCAUUGUCCUAUGCUAUGUGGGUGGGGAAUAGGAAGGAAAGGAUCCUCCCAAGUAUAAAUUGCAGUAUGUAGUCUGGCUUUCUUUUUGAAGUAUUUAAGGUUGAUAUUUGUAUUUGUUAGUCAUUAGAUACAUAAAUAGAUAUGACCAUCCGAAUAUGCAGAAAAAGUUUAAAAGAAAUUUAAUAUAUCUUUUUAACUGA